CUGGCAUUGCUCGGAAUAGUGACUUCUCGACAACAUGCAGCUCACCACUCUCUACUCUUCAACCAACUCCCCCUCCAAGAACCAGAAACACCAAACCCAAACUCAGAUGCCUUGCCCUCAUCCACACGAGCCCACUGGAUGCGCGUAGCAAGCUCAGUCAACCUCGCCAUCUCUGCCUGCCCAUUUGCACCCUAUGGAACCGCCGUAGUAAACCAUACAAGGUCCUUUGCCAACUCUUCUGAUCUUGGAGAAUUGAUGUGUACUGGAGUAAAUGAUAAUCAUCACUCUGGCAACCCUACUCUUCAUGGAGAAAUGGCGGCGUUUGAGAAUUGUAGUGGGAUUCUUACUGAUCCGGAGGGAAAGUAUAAGUUUUCUGCGCAAGAGGCACGGGAGGCUUGGAGNGGGUUUUCGCUGUACACUACUGCUGAGAGC